CCAUGUUGUCUUCCAAACCGGUAAAUUCAACGUAUGGUGAAACUUGAAACAGAGACAUUGGGAAACAAAGAUUUCAAUUUCCACACACGUUGCUUGCUACCUCACCUACCCACUAUUCAAUUGAAACCUAACAAACACGUUAUUCAUUCAUCACUACCCAAUUACACUCAUAUUCUAUUUUCAUCUUAGUACCAUAACAUUCACAUUUCAACCAUUCAAUAACAUCAUGACUCUUACUCAAUCCAUUGCCAUUAUCUUUCUCUUGUUUGCUCUAUACUGUGGUCUAGACCCAUUCAAGCACAGUACCAUAGCAAAUUUCCCAGAAUUUGAGGCCAAAAAGGUUGACAUGCCUGAUUGGUCUGAGGUUCCUAAAGACAAAGACGAACAUAAUUUGUUGCAAAAAUCAGAGAUAAGGUUUUUGAACCAAGUACAAGGACCUGAGAGCAUUGUGUUUGACCCUCUUGGUCGUGGUCCUUAUACUGGUGUUGCUGAUGGUAGAAUUUUGUUCUGGAAUGGACUUUCUUGGGUUGACUUUGCUUACACUUCGCCCAACAGGUCACUAUGUAAUCCCAUAGCAAAUGCGACACCAUUUAGUUAUGUGAAGACUGAGCACAUAUGUGGAAGGCCUUUGGGACUCAGAUUCGACAAGAAAACAGGUGAAUUGUACAUUGCAGAUGCAUAUCUUGGGCUGUUGAAGGUGGGGCCCGAGGGAGGUUUAGCAACAUCUCUUGCAACUGAGGCUGAAGGGGUGCCUCUAAGAUUCACUAACGAUGUCGAUGUUGAUUCGGAAGGAAAUGUUUAUUUUACGGAAAGCAGUUCUAUUUAUCAGAGGAGGAAUUUCAUGCAGCUGGUAUUUUCCGGGGAUGAUAGUGGAAAGGUUUUGAAAUACAACCCUGCAACAAAGGAAACCACUGUUCUAGUGAGGAAUGUUCAAUUCCCAAAUGGCAUUUCCUUAAGCAAAGAUUGUUCCUUCUUUGUUUUUUGUGAAGGGUCUAUCGGCAGAUUACGUAAAUAUUGGUUAAAAGGAGAAAAGGAUGGGACAUCGGAGAUCUUAGCUAUCCUACCUGGAGCUCCCGACAAUGUGAGGGUGAAUGAAGAUGGUGAUUUUUGGGUGGCACUUCACUGUAGAAGAUCUAUGUUUGCAUACUAUACUGGUUUAUAUCCAAAGAUAAGGAAAUCUAUACUUAAGCUUCCAAUACCAACAAAGAAUCAAUAUCUGUUUCAAAUCGGAGGUAAGUUACAUGGUGUGAUUGUGAAGUAUAGUCCUGAAGGUAAAUUGCUGCAGAUAUUGGAGGAUAGUGAGGGAAAAGUUGUUAGAGCAGUGAGUGAAGUAGAGGAGAAAGAUGGUCAACUUUGGAUUGGAAGUGUUCUUAUGCCUUUUAUUGCAGUUUAUAAACUAUAAUAACUUCUUUUCUACCUUUGAUCUUCAGCUCUAUGACAAGUUUAUUUGUUAUUUAGCCUUGUCAGUAAUGUACCUAAUCAGUGGCAUAGAAAUCUUCUGAUGACCGUUCAUUCCAUAUUGCCUUAUUUUGGUUGAAAUCAACAAAAAUUAAGAUUAAAUAUAAUAAGAAUGUGUUAUGAUGUUCACCGAAAA